AACGAGCCAACAUUCGUGACGUCAGCUUUUUUUGAAGCGAGAAGUCCAAGCUGAGAGUGAACCAGUAGUUUUGUAAGAUAUUGUUUAACGUCGUUGCUACUUUCUAUGUAUAAUAUUUCAUAUAACAAAAAAACACAUUUUAAGCCGAAUCGCGGUGUUGAAGUUCAAGCUUCAAAAAAAUGGCUCGCAUUCGUGUUAACUCGGUGAGUACUGCCAAUGGGGAUCCAUCUAAUAACAUAAUGGCUGUCAAUGGCGAUAAACAUGUCUAGACGUGUUCCAAAUACACACCCAUGAAGCAGAUAGGACAACUCCACGUUGCUGCACUUUGGUCACCGUCGAGUGACGUAAACUUUAAAGUGCGUUUUCUAUGGAGAACAGCGACGAGGAAGAUAACGUCAACGAUGAAGAUGGAGCGAAGGUGAACCACCUGAACUUGAGGCGUUGCAGGUUGGAGGAAGAACAUGAUGGAGUGACACCCAAGGGUGAGGAACCUGACUGGGAAGGACUAUACAGUGAACAGGUGGAAUCAGACAGAACCAGUGGAGAAGAGAUGAAUAGUGAUGGGAGGGAGUAUCUUUCUCUGUCAUCCUGCAAUCCUUCUAUAUCCAGCCUCUCCUCCUCCUCCUCCAACGUCUCCAGCCAUUAUCAUGCUGGUAUUUCAACCUCAGCCUCCUCUUCUGUCUUGGGUCUGACACCACCCUUACCUAUUUCAACCUCAUCCUCCUCUUCUGUCUUGGGUCUGACACCACCCUUACCUCCCACCGUGGACCUCUUGGCUGUUUUGACUGAUACCAAGCUGAGCUUGGAUGUUUACCGAAGCGGAGCAUCUGUACUGCCAAGACUAUGGGCCUCCAUUCCAGAGCACCUGAGAGGAAUCCACUACCUGAGACUUGGCUCUGAGGAUAAAACCGCAUUGGAUGGCGCACUUGAUGUCCUCCCACAUUUGAAAGAUCUACGCUCACUAGCCAUUCGAGGGCACGUUGUGUAUGAUUCACAAGGGACCCCCCUGCCAGGCCUCCUUACCACUCUACCCACAUCCCUCUCUUCCCUCUCUCUUCUGGUGCACGUGGAUCUCUCCUUUAACCAGCUCUGCGUCCUUCCAUCAUGUCUUCUCCGCUUACCUGUGCUGUCCACCCUCGUCCUGUGUUACAACCACCUGUGGGAGCUGCCCUCUGAUGUCGGCCAUCUAUCUACCCUCACAUACCUCUCUCUCAUUGGGAACAAGCUGGUUUCUCUUCCUGUGAGUUUAGGCCAGCUGAAAGCACUACAGUCGCUGGAUGUUUCGGAUAACCUCCUCGAGGAGCUGCCAAAUGAAAUUGGUUGUUUGGGAGAGCUUGUUUCACUGGUACUGUCCAACAACAAGCUGAAACGGCUACCGGAGACCAUAGGCUGUCUCCACUCUCUGAGGGAACUUAUCGCCUUCAGCAAUGACCUUCGCUUUAUUCCACCUUGCCUGGAUAAAGUGCCUCUGCUGAAAAUGGAUGUUCGUGACAAUCCUUUAGGGCGACCGCCAACACCUCCCCCUCUUCCCCAUAGACCUGACGCCUUUGCAAAUAUCCCCGAAUUGGAUCUUCUAUUCAACCAGCGCAGUUUUAGUGUUACGUCUGCUGGAUGUCAUGUUUUUCUCCCAGGGGGGGCCGUGCUGCUGUUCCCCCCGGGAUGUGUGCAUAAACCCACAACACUGGAGUGGGUCGAGAGAGGACCCCAAAGAAAGUGGGUGCUGCUCGAGGAACACGAUAUCCUCCUCAGCCGUCCACUAGAACUUCGUCCUCAUGGGGUCACGUUCCUUAAGCCAGUGGAGGUGUGUGUACCACACCACCGGAAAAAAGGCAGGGAAGUGGUUGUGAGGAAGUAUGAUGGAAAAUCAUGGAGCACUUUGACCACUGUCCUCAAGAAAGGAAUUAAGCGACACUGCAUUCGCUCAGAUGGACGUCCAGUUAGGCUGGCUUGCUGCUUUGUGAGCCAAUUUUCCUGGUUUAUUGUUGUGGCUCGCCCAGUGACGGACAGCUGCUCAGUUACACCAGCAGGAGCACUUUUGGUGUCCAGUGCAGAUCCUGGAGUCAAGCUUUACUUCCCCCCAGACUCCACCAGUCAAACCUGUGCCAUAACUUUACAGGUGCUGCAAGUGUCUGUGUCAGAGGUACAGACACUUUGUGGUGAUCCACAGGCGAGCGUCAGCCCUCUCCUCUGCCUCUCACAGACUCCCAGCAUGCAUUUCCUGCAGCCAAUCAGAGUGCAGGUCCCGCUGCCGCCCGGGGUUACAGGUCACACAGUUGAUAUGUCCUGUUUAUAUCUGCUGCACGGAGACCCUACUGCCCAAACCUGGACGGACAUCACCUCUCAAGUAUCUCUCUAUGUCACCCAUUUGUAUGCUAUAUUCUACAUUACGCAUUUCUCUUGGUACUGGCUGUGGUACAAGACUCAGACAAUUGUUGGCGGCAUGGUUAGAAAGGUAUACCAAAGGCUAAAACAGUUCAAAGUCCAAUUCCUGGUCCUCCAGCGGAAAACUGAUCCUUCACAAGUCCUGCUACAGUGUUUACAGACUAACAAGGUGGAAAACCAGGUGCAGUCACUGUCAGAGCGGUAUGACGGACCCCAGCCUUCAGACCUGUGCGACCUACUCGAAGGAGAGCAGUUCUUUGCUGGCUUUGAGAGAGGCUUAGAUAUCUACACAGACAGGCCAGACUGUGUCGGGGGGAGACUGUGUUUUGUGUUUCACUCCAGCUGGAAGAAUCUGAAGGAAGUUUACAUCUCUCCUGCUCAGGGCCUCCAGGGGCCAGUGAGGGGACAAGUCUCCUUUUACAGAGGGGAGAGUUCCAGGCAUUUGCCGGAGGAAGUAGCGAGGAAGAGGAAGGGACAGGACAGCCAGUGGCUGGCAACAUUACCACUGAGACUUCCUGCUCUCAAUUCGGAGAACAAGUACAUAGUGGAAGAGUUCCAGAUACCUCCUCUGAACUUGGGAGACCCAGAGAGCGGCUACCUGACAGAAGCCAACUUGCUGUCAAUCUCUCUCCGGAUUGGACAGGAUUGGCACAUUAUUGGCAUCAAUCUGGGUUUAAAAUACCAGGAAUUAGAGCGCAUCCAGUACAAAUACAGGGACAAUCUUGGUGCGAUGGUAUUGGACAUGCUCUUCCUUUGGGCCCAAGGACAGACGAACGCCGGGCCCGGGGCUGUUUCGCGAUUGGCGGCUGCCAUGAUUCAGAGCGGCAGGAAAGACAUUGCAGAUGAGCUCGAGGACAUAGUCUGCCUAGGAAGGCAAAAGUACAAUGAGUCGCUGAGAAGAGUGGGCCUGGAGGCGGAGGAGCAGCCCCUCUGUGAAAGUCAGCAGGAGUGUGUGCAGGUGGCCGACACGUGACUUCCUUAUUUUAAUGUGCCCUUGUUUUAGCUGCACAACUGUAGUCUCAGAUGCAGGUACUGCCAAACAAAAAUGCUGUUAAAGGGGAACAUUAUCACUAUUUCAGAAUGGUUAAAACCAUUAAAAAUCAGUUCCCAGUGGCUUAUUAUAUUUUUCAAAGUUUUUUUCAAAAUUUUACCCAUCACGCAAUAUCCCUAAAAAAAGCUU